AGGUCUUCAUUCUCCUAUUCAUUAUGCGGAUACUCAUAGUAUCAGAGUCCUUCUUUCCCAAAGUUGAUGGAGUAACAAGAACAGUAGCCAAGUUACUAGAACAUCUUGAACAAGGACAACAUCAAGUCAUGCUAUUCUGUCCAGAUAGUGGUCAAACAGAAUAUGCUUCGGCUGAACUAGUUGGAACUACUGGUAUCCCUUUCCUGCCGUACCCAGAACUCAAGCUCAAUCUAUGGCGACCCACAUUUACAAAGAAGCUUACUCAGUUCCAUCCUCAAGUUAUCCACCUUGUUGAUCCCGUUUGGCUUGGUGCUGCAGCCUUAGCUGUUUGCAAACUUUUCUCCUCUCAACUUCAAUCCAUUCCUCUUGUGGCUUCUUAUCAUACCAAUCUUGCCACUUACUGUACUCAUUUCGGCUGGGGUAUUUUUUCUCCUCUCAUGUGGCGUUGGAAUCAAUUCUGUCAUUCCUUUUGUCGUUAUACUGUUUGUCCUUCUCCAUCCACCCGAGACAUGCUAGUCUCCCAUGGUUUUAACAAUGUACGCUUAUGGCCAAGAGGUGUCAAUCCACAUCGUUUUUCUCGUCAACAUCGCUCCCUUAGUCUACGCACUCAAUGGCUCAAGACUUCUGUCGACAAAACCAUUUUAUUGUAUGUAGGCCGUAUAUCGUAUGAAAAAAAUCUACAACUAGUGAUGGAAACCUACAAAUUGAUGGAUCAUUCGCUUUGUCACCUUGUUGUUGUAGGCGAUGGACCUGCACUCACUACUGUUCAACAACAAUCAGCAACCAUUCCUGUGACCUUUACUGGUUAUUUGUACGGCAACGACUUGGCAACUGCGUUUGCAUCAGCGGAUAUCUUUACUUUCCCUUCCACCACAGAAACAUUUGGUCAAGUUGUUUUGGAAGCCAUGGCAUCUGGACUACCUGUAUCUGGACUGAUGGCCGAAGGUGUGCGUGAUCUUGUACAGCAUGAAUAUACUGGUCUGCUUCUGGAUACAACAACAAUGGAUUUUACCGAACAAUGUCAACAGUACAAACAACACUGGAUGUUUUUGAUUCAACAUGUCGAUGCAAGAAUCACUAUGGGAGAAAAUGCUGCAAAGGUUGCCGCUUCGUAUACUUGGACGCAUGCUAUGGAACAAAUGGUACAAGUUUACAAGGAUGCCAUAAAUGAAUCUGUUCAUCAUCACCAUGACAACAACAAUAAUAAUAAUGAUAUGUGCACAGUGCAUGAUAUUUAGUUUUCUCCUUUUCUUUUUUUUUUUCCUCCCUUUUAUGUUGUGUGGGACUGGCUCCAACAACUUUUAUUCUUUGACUUCUUCGUCAUCCCGUCUUAUCUUAGUUUUAUCUUCUUUUCUUUUUUCUCUUUAUCUUUAUCUUUAUAUUUUUAUUUUUUAUUUUUUCAGUGCUAAUUCUGUAUUAUACCUUACCCUUUAUUCUGUAUUACCCUUCUAUUCCCU